AUGGAUCGGAUACAGCAGCAGCAGCAACAGCAGAACGGGUGCCGUAAAGCCGAAGAUAUACUUCACGUGCUGCGCGAUCGAGUGGCCCAACUGCCGGGCACACGAGAUCGCAACGGGCGACCGGUGAUUGUGUUCCCGGCGCGCGAAAACUCAACGCCCAUCAAUUCGGACCACAUUCGAAACAUACUUAUGUGGAUUUGGGAUAUCAUAUCUGUGUUUGUAUUGCAGGAACACUUCCCGGCGGAGGUGCACGCCGUGCUGAUCAUAAAACCGGAUAAGUUUUGGGAGAAGCACAAGACUUCGGUGUCUACGGGCAAAUAUAAAUUUGAUGUACAGAUGAUUUCUGUGGAUGGGCUGACGCGUUACAUCGAUCCGUCCCAGCUAACACGCGAUUUGGGUGGCUCGUUGUUUUAUGAUCACGACGAAUGGCUGGAAACUCGAAUGGUAAAAUUUCACUCUGAAAACUGUUUCGAAAGUUUUCGGGAAGAAAUGAAAAACGGCGAAAUGCCUGUUGAUGUGGCAACCGCCGAACGUGCAACAACGGCACAUAUUGCGAUGAAGAAGAAAAUAGUCGGCGCCCCGAUUGAAUAUAUACAAAAUGAAGUGGAACGGAUACGUCAGAGGAUAUCAGGUUCCAGUGGAGCUACGCCCGAUGAUGGAUACAGUUCAUCCAGUGGAAUGCCCAUAGCCAAUCCUGACCUCGCAGCUGCCCUUCCCAAUCUUUCCUCCUUAAUCAGUUCACUUCGAAAUUCCAAGUAUUUUUUUGCCAAAUGA